AUGGCGCAUGUAUUAUCAGAGAAGCCGCGCGAUAGCUUCCUCGAGAGAGCAGGCUACCGCGCGGCUUUGGAGGCUCCGUCCGUCUAUCGCUGGCACCUCAAUCGCUCGCCCUCCAUGGUUCGUAUGAGCGUGCUGGCUGACUGCCUCAAGACGAUGUACAACGCUGAGAAGCGUGGAAAGCGCCAGGUACUGAUCCGCCCGAGCUCCAAGGUGAUCGUCAAGUUCUUGCAGGUCAUGCAGAAGAAUGGCUACAUUGGCGAGUUUGAGAUCAUCGAUGACCACCGCGCCGGCAAGAUCGUGGUGGAGCUGAAGGGUCGCAUCAACAAGUGUGGCGUCAUCUCGCCUCGCUUUGAUGUGAAGCUGGCCGACUAUGAGAAGUGGAUCAACAACCUGCUGCCCUCGCGCCAGUUCGGUCACAUUGUGGUGAGUACGACGUACGGCAUCAUGGACCACCACGAGGCUCGCCGCAAACACACGGGUGGCAAGAUCAUCGGCUUCUUCUACUAA